GUCAGCAGAAGCUUUUAUUUCUAAAGGCUGUAAGCGGAAGCAGUGUGGGUUUAUUGUGGUUUAACUUGACGCUGGUGCCGGACAGCUGCCACACUGGACUCGGACUGAGCCGGACUGUAGUUCCUGUGAUGCCCCAGAGCGGGCUGAGCUGGUCGGGGUUGCGAUGCCUUACGUGGACCGACAGAAUCGCUUCUGCGGCUUCCUGGACAUCGAGGAGAAUGAGAACAGCGGCAGGUUCUUGCGCCGUUACUUCAUCCUGGACACUGAGCAGGGCAGCCUGCUGUGGUACAUGGAUAACCCCCAGAAUCUGCCCAAAGGUGCAGGAAAUGUGGGCUCUCUCAAUCUUUCCUACAUCUCCAAGGUCAAUGAUGCCACCAAACAAAGACCAAAGGCAGAGUUCUGCUUUGUUAUAAAUGCAGGAAUGAGGAAGUUUUACCUACAGGCCAACCGACCUAACCAUGAUUUGAUUCCUAUGAUAAAUAACAUGCAGAGAGUUAAGAAAAAAGGUGAAAUAAAGCCCAAGCUCUUAAAAAUAGUGAGAUGUGGAGCCUUUUUGCUCUGUUUUCAGGUGCCAAAGCCUGGCGAGGGCCACAACACCCACGCAGAGACUCCCCAGGAGCUGCUUGGAACCGUGAAACAGGUCUCCUACAAAACUGAGAUCAUCGGAGGAGUCCCCAUCAUCACGGCCACUCAGGAGCAGGGAGAGGGGCACAAUGGAGCUGAUCGUGGAGGCGUAAAGCGGGCUCAGAAUCAAAUGCCCUACUUCCUGUCCAGAGGAGCGCAGGAUCAGGCCAUCAUCAAAGCAGGAUACUGUGUCAAACAAGGAGCUGUGAUGAAGAACUGGAAGAGGCGGUACUUUGUCCUGGAUGAAAAUUCUCUCAACUACUACAAAACUGACAUGGAGAGGGAGCCGCUGAGAGCCAUCCCGCUGAAGGAGAUCCACAAAGUGCAGGAGUGCAAGCAGAGCGAGCACAUGAUGAGGGACAACCUGUUCGAGAUGGUCACCAGCUCAAGAACCUUCUACAUACAGGCUGACAGUCCAGAGGACAUGCACAGCUGGAUUAAGGCCAUCUCAGGCGCCAUCGUGGCCCAGCGCGGUCCCGGGCGCUCCGCUAACACUAUCCGUCAGGCCAGAAGGCUGUCCAGUCCUUGUAUACAGAGGUAUACGCCAUUCUGCAGCGGUGAAUGCAGCACGAGCACAGUGACCACUCCCCUUCCACCUCCACCUUCUACCUCCCAGUCGAUGAGGAACCCCAAGACUCGCAGUCCCCAGAGAGUGCUCAGCCUCGCUCUGGACACGCGCCAUCGGGACAACUUCCUGGGCCUCCUCCCCUGGAGGCUGAGCGGGGUCCAGUCCGUGAUGGUGCCCCUUCCCCCGGCGCGCUCCCGCCUGUCCCUGCAGGAGACACUGCAGCCUUCAAAGUGAAAGAGGAGGACAAGCCGGCGUGGGGAAGCCCCAGCGGCGUCUCCGGGUCCCAGCUCCUCCUGGCUGAGGAUCAAGAUGUGCACAUAACCCUGUUCUGACAAACUCUAAUGGACACACACACACACACACACUUGUGCACACUGUCAGACUCUGCGUGUCCUGCUGAACCUCCUGGGACCAGUUCUUUGUUUUGUUUUUUUGGGAUGGGACCUUCCUCCGCUGUUUUCCCUUCCUAUUGUCUUCCCUUGUAUCCUACAGUCUGUCACUCCAGGCAAACGACAAACAUGGCUUGCAGUUACACGUUUCAGCGGCGCCGCGAGUCUCACUUCCUGUGAUGCACCAAAGUUUGUGUGUUUGCUUCCAGCAGCAUGGAGGACUGACUGAGAGACUGACUAAUCCCACAUCUCGGUGUUUUUCAUUUUAAACUCGCGCAGAGAAGCUCGGGGUCCAGAUUCACUGAGCAGAGGUCGCUGAGCGGCCAGCUUUCAUGAGCAGGUUUCCAGAGGUCACGCUUACUGAAUAUUUCCCGUCGUCAGUGAUGGAAAAAUGUGUCAUUUUCUUAGAUUAGAAAAGAUGCUGGUCUGUCUCUUUCAUAAGACAGCACUGAACACAAGUCACGCAGCAGGGUCAUGCAGGCAUCUGUGUCUGCCACGGGUGAUCCUGCUGCAGGGAAAAUCCCGCAUUGAGAAACUUUGGGUGGCUUCUGAUUCCUGAAAUGCAGAAGGACGGCUUAGCCUUGAGAAUAAAAUAAUAGCUGUUUGUCUGAAGGAAAAUAGAGGAAAUACGCCUCUGCAGAAGCCUCCCCCGAUAGAUUUGAUUAAGCUUCCAGCUUUAGUUCAUUUACUUCAUAUUUGGUCACCGCGACUACAGUGCUUUAGAGCCUCUGCGAUGAAAGACAAUCAUCUGCUUCAUGUUUGCUUUGGAAGAUUUAAAGCUCUUUAAUGAAGCAGGCAUUCCCAAAGUGAAGAGUGCUGCAGCCCGUUUAAAGACGGGAAACUCACAUGGAGCACGCCCAAUCUUAAAUCUUCACCAAAAAUCAAAAUACAAGUGAUGUAUUUGCUUAAAAAUUAUAUUUAAAAAAAAAAUACAAAAAUCAAAUUGGCUCCAAUGUGUGAAACUUCAGCACCGAGCAGUAAAUUCAGGUCAGAGUAAUGAGUGAUAUCACUAACUGGCCAUGUCAUAUUAGCAAUUUUAAAUCACUUGUUAUAUAAAGAAAUAGGUUUAUAUUAAUAUGUGACUGGAGUCCACCAGGGGGCGCACACUUUCGGAAUGACUGUAAUAACGAAUUCAAAUAACCGGUAAAAUUAGGCUAUGAUGGAACUUCCGUUUGUCAAGUGUCGUGACCUCUGUUUGCAGCGUUUCCACCUCCUUUUUUAAGCGCUUAUUUAACCAAAGAAAUUUAUUUGAAAGCUGCAGUGAGUGAAGGUUUAUUUCCGUUUCUCAUCACCGUCCUUCGAGAACACUGCUAACGUCUGUGAGGUUACUUCUUCUUUCCAGCAUGCUAACUGGUAUCUCCAAACCAGCAAGCUUUUUUAUUUGUCUCUCAGCACCAGCACGUUACCAGUUAGCUUGCUAAGUAGCCGCCAAGGUGCUCCAAACAUCAGCAAGACUCCAGCGCAGCUUUGAAAGAAAGAAAAGCGCCUCUGGUGGUAAAACGCGUCGCUCUGGCCUGUUUUAAGCGAGUGAAGCCUGAUCAAGGAGGUGAAAAAUCUAAGAUGGGCUUUAACAGAAAGCUUCUGCUGUCCUUUGUUUUUAUCCAAGGUCAAGUCCUUCUCCUGGCUCUGUUGGAGGCCUCCAGCUGUUAAAAAACGAGUUUCUCUCCGUUUAUUUGCUUGUAGGGGAUUGUUUGAUCGUCUGGGUUUUAUCUUAAAGCGCCUUGAGAUGGCUUGAUGUGUAUCGGUGCCUCUUACUUUGAUUCCUGUUCAUGUUAUCUGAUCCUCAGACUUGCACAUGAGCCUAAAAUUCAACCAUGAUUACUAAAUAACCCUGAAGCACCCGAGGCUUUGUCGACUUUUGUGCGUCCACAGAGUUGAAGUCUUCAGACGUUUACGCCUCUGAAUCCUGCGGUUGGGAAUCUUUGCUCUGGCGUCAGGACUGAAAACGUGCUCGGCUGUUGAAACUGCAGCGGCUGUAAUUAGUGAGAUCGCUCUUUAUCUCAGCUCUGUCCAGUUUCAGCAGUGAAUUUAAUUUCUUAUUAAUAAAGCCGAAACCUUCCAUCUGCGGUCCAGUUGCUGCUUUGCCACAUUUCCAGAUUUAUGAUAUUUUUUUAAAAUCCAAAAGAGAAAAUGAGUCUGGCUGAAGCUGUGUUCAGACUCCAAGUGUGACUGUUGCUUCUGUCCUCUCCCUCACUGCACAUUCGCGCCGCUGCACUGCUUUCUAACUGAUGACGUAUUUGUUUCAGUCUUUGGCUGUAAGAUGUGGGGACGUGAAACCAAACUGGACGUGUAAAUGAGACUCUAACACUCGGCGGCAGGUUUUCGUUCCUCUCGGCGUCCGGCUGCGAGCUCUGGUUGUGGGUGUUUCUUUUUCUGCGGUUUCGAUGUGCUUUUAGUUUCUAUGAUAAUAUUAUUUACAGUGAUGAAAAAUCGAAACAUAUAUGUUGUUUAGUGAGUUUUUUUAAACACGUGUGCGCGAGUGCACGCACACGGCCCUCCUUCCUGUUGUUCCCCGUUCACCAUAAGCUGGUUAAAGUGCCUGCCUUGUUCUUACUAAGAAAAAUGAUAUAACGAUGAGCUCUUUUGACCCUUUUUAGUGUGAACAUGAUUCUAAAAACAUGUGCUCUAUUUAUUAAACGAAAUUUGGAAUAAUUUGAA